GGUACAUGCAAAAUUAUGGUUUCAAGAGAAAUGGCUUCCAACAUCAAGAUUUCAACUCAUGUUCUAGAUACAUCGCGAGGUCGUGCUGCGGCUGGAAUCAGUGUUUCCAUUACAAAACUCAGCGAUGGCCUAUGGACAUCAGUUGGGCAAGGUGAAACGAAUCAGGAUGGACGCGUAAAUUUAGUUGAUGGCAGCAAUUACACUCCGGGCACUUAUAAAUUGCACUUCGAAGUCGAUAAAUAUUUUAAAACUCAUGGAGUCGAUGCUUUUUAUCCGUUUGUUGAGGUCACUUUUAAUGCUGUUGAAGGUGAAAAAUAUCACAUUCCAGUCCUCUUGAAUCCGUUCGGUUACACAACGUAUCGUGGAACGUGAAUAUGUUAAUGACACCAAUUUGAAUGCCGCAAUUUGAUGUUUGGAAUUUAUUUUUACAAUAAAAUGAACUUGAAAGA